AUGGUGUCCACGAAAAGUGUUUACGAACCUAAUGAGGUGAUUGGGCUCAACACAAUAUUAAAAGCCCAUGAGACUGUUGUGUCCACAAAAAUUGGAUAUGAUCCUGAAAAUGUGAAAGAGCUUGGUACUACAAACAUGGCUGAACAGACGGAAAAAGCAUUUCUGAAGCAACCCAAAGUGUUUCUAUGCUCUAAGAAGUCUGGGAAAGGGAAGAGACCAGGAAAGGGCGGGAACCGCUACUGGAAGAGCAUUGGGUUGGGAUUCAAGACUCCAAGGGAAGCCAUUGAAGGUCUGUGCUCUAAGUGCAUAUUACACAAACAAACAAACUUUCUUGCUUAAUAGGUAUGUACCUGCAUAAACAGGUUUAUUUGGUGGGCCUAAGUUACUUGAUUUCGAAGAGGUAUUUUCACAGAUUUAACUAUGGUAUUGGUACUAAUAUUUUGAUACACGUAGAAAUGAGUAUACGUUUAUUUCUAUUUUAAUGGUUUUUGUGUGUGUGUGUGUGCGCGCGCGCCUGCGCUCGCUCGUGUGCAUGGUCACAUUCGCAUUGUGCUUUGUUGUGUUUUUUCUUUGCAUAUCUCUGUGUUUGUGUUCUACGAAACGUGUCUGCGAGUGCACUUGCCUGUGUGCAUGUGUUCCUGUGUUGUGUCUUUUUAUGCGGCUCUCAACGAGUGAAUAUGCUCCUUCACACAUUUUUAAUAAAUUCGUUCUGUCUAACUUUUUGCUAUGACAUGGGCCAGAUAGCUAAUUUUAGCUUGAUUUUAACCACUGUGGCUGGUGGUUGUAAGAGAGCAUGAUGUAGGGCAGCAGUGAGCCCAAAAAACCAGAACUAUUCUGAGGCUGUUUACAGUAAUUAUGGUUUGGAUGUUGUGGGUUAGGGUUUGAUGGAAAAGGGGUAGUGUUUUGUAGACUACUUUUAAGAAUAUAAAGAUUAUAAUUUCAAAUUUUUUUUAGAAGUUUAAAACUGGAAUAAUUGCCGAAAAAUAGAAGAAGAAGAAGGUUUUGAACUGCAUCUCACAAUUUCCAUCGCAUAAAUCUGCUGAGAAGUAGCUGAAAAUAUUUCUCCCCUUACAUUUCUAUAUAUAGACCUGCAUGUCAUCUUAGGAUUAGGACUCCGAAAACCCUUAGUUUAUUAUGGAUGAGAAAACUAAUGAACACUAGAACGAGGGUUCUAAACUCUAGAACCUUCUGACCCAAUAAUAUAAUUGGACCCCGAAGAUGACCCACGGGUCAUAGUAUAACCCAUCCUAGAAAUUCUGAAAAUUACAAAAAUACUCUUGAGCUCAACUUUAAAAAACGUAAAAAAGACAAACCAAAAGUCCCCGCAAACCAACUUUAUGUUGCUCAAAAAUAAGACACAACUAGGCUCAAAUACAAUUAUGUAAGGUUCCAUGUGAGUUUCUGUCUUCAAAGCGUGCCAAAUUCCAUAGUUUGUCUUGUCUCUGAAUUUCAAUUUUCUUAAACAUCAUACGGGCUGCACCAGGGCAUGUUUGGGUUAUGGUUAAAUGAAAUUCUUGCGACAUUGAGGAACAUAGCUGGAAAUAAUAGUCCUUAGUUGAAGAUAGGGCAGUCUUUUUAAUCAGGACUCCGAAGAUAGACCUCCAUGUCAUCUUAGGAUUAGGACUCGAAAGACUCUUAGUUUAUUAUGGAUGAGGAAACUAAUGUACACUAGAACGAGGGUUCUAAACUCUAGAACCUUCAGACCCAAUACCAUAAUUAGACCCAUAAGAUGACCCACGGAUCAUAGUAUAACCCAUCCUAGAAAUUCUGAAAAUUAAAAAAAUACUCUUGAGCUCAACUUUAAAAAACAUAAAAAAGACAGACCAAAAGUCCCAGCAAACCAACUUUAUGUUACUCAAAAAUAAGACACAACUAGGCUCAAAUACAAUUAUGCAAGGUUCCAUGUGAGUUUUUGUCUUCAAAGCGUGCCAAAUUCCAUAGUUUGUCUUGUCUCUGAAUUUCAAUUUUCUUAAACAUCAUACGGGUUGCACCAGGGCAUGUUUGGUUUAUGGUUAAAUGAAAUUCUUGGGACAUUGAGGAACAUAGCUGGAAAAAAUAGUCCUUAGUUGAAGAUAGAGCAGUUUUUUUAAUCAGCGUCGCAUGUUUGGCAUUAGAGGUGCAUGGAUAUAUGUUCAUACUUUAGAAGGCGAAGCUUAUUAUAGAGUUAUUGGGAAAUUUUAAUGUUGUAUAUUCUUGCAGUUGCAUCUUGACUACAAUUUGAAUUGCAGUGUUUUUUAAAUGCACUUGGUCCACUGCAAAAACAAUUGAGAAAAUUCAGUUUUCCUACACGGGGAUCAACUUAAACAUCACAUGGAGAACAUACACCCAAUUUUAUAAUUUGAAGUGGCAGGACUAGGGUUAUUUCUAUACGUACUCUCAUCAUCUAUUCUCUUUAUUUUCCUAAAUGUUAAAUUCAAACUUUUAACGUCUUCUCAAAGUGUUAAAUUCCAACUUAUAAUAUCUUCUCACUUUGUUAUCAAUGAGGAAUUGUCUUUAGGUAGCUUAAUGAGGCAUAAGGGUCAAAAAACGUUUUAUUUUCCAUAAAAUGUAUAUCCAGAGUGAUUUAACAUCAUCUCCUGAUAUUAGUGAAGCUUGCAAAUUUUGGCACAAAUUGAGCAUUUCAUUUCUCGUCAGAAGCUUCAACCAAAGCUCCAUAUCUGAUGUCCUAAGUAGAAAUUAGCUCCAAAGGAACUACCUUCGCUACGUCAAGAAAUACCAAAGAUAUGAGAAGAGGCAUUCAAAAAUUCCUGCACACAUAUCCCCAUGCUUCUGUGCCAAGGAAGGAGAUCAUAUUAUCAUUGGCCAGUGCAGGCCAUUGUCAAUGAUGGUGAGGUUCAAUGUGUUGAAAGUUAUACCUGCUGGAUCUUCUGGUGGCGGGAAGAAGGCUUUUACAGGAAUGUGAGGCUUGUCCUCCACUGCUUGUGAUGAGGCUGAGUGUUAUGCACACUGUGGGAUUAGAUUUAGCUGAUUUUGCGAGGAACCCACCUUAAUUUUGAACGGCAUCAAUAUCAGUUGUUGGUUGGACUUCUGCUUUUUCUUUUACCAAAAUUAAAUUGAAUCUUAGAGUUUCCAAUUGUAUAAAGGUAGUCCAGGGGUCACAGUUGCAUAUCGGUGAUACGAUUAAAUUUUGUGCUACAUUAAUUUUUUCAGUCUGAACAUAAAUUUCUUUUUUUUAUUUGCCUUGGCUGAAAAAUAGAUCUGACUUGUGUACCCAUUCAUUGAGUUUGCUGUUUAUG